GUGUAUACGACGGAUUGCGACUGGCUACUAUUAUUUAAUUAAUGGAUAAUUCGGGUAUUUUCGUUUUUGGUAUUGCGUUAUGGGAUGAACGAAAACGAGAUUCAAUAUCUGCUUUGCCUCUGGAGAUGUCAUGGAAAAUAUUUUCAUAUCUGGAUGACGCAUCUCUCCGUAACGCCACCAGGGUUGGACCAGUAUGGCGUAAAAUUAUUCUUUCAAAUAAGGAAUUAAAAAAUCGUCUUAAUAUUUUCGAAACAGUUUUAAUGUUUGGUUCAAGAAGCAUAAUUAAAUAUAUUAAAAAUGGUAAAAGGCGAUUAAAAAAUAAGGCGAAAAAUUAUUUGACUCUUGGAGAAACCGCGGUUAAAACGACAAAAAUGAUUUUUAAAAAUAAGCGGGGAGGAGACGAUUUGAUACUUUAUACCAAGCGCUAUAAAUUAUGCUGA